ACCGUCAUGAGCCCCGCGGAGUGUAGAAGUGACGCCGUUAGCUAAUAUCCGCUCUCCGGGAGUCGAAUCAACGAUCACAACAUUGUACUAUUAUCAAAUCAAUCAAGGGAGCUAGGUUUUAUAAGUAGCAAUUGGCUGAACCUAUUUUUACCCGUAUGAUAUAGAAAAAAAUGGAUAGCGAUGAGGAAGAUUUCGUGUUCUAUGGAACACCUAUUGAACGAGAGGAAGAUGUCACCACCCGCAAGAAGAAAGCCGUUGCUGAGGCAUCUGGCCAGUUGCGAACCCUUCCCGCUUGGAAACAAGAGGUCACGGACGAAGAGGGACGGAGGAGAUUUCAUGGGGCAUUUACUGGUGGUUUUUCUGCUGGAUACUACAAUACAGUUGGCUCAAAAGAGGGAUGGACUCCACAGACAUUUACGUCGUCUAGGAAAAACAGAGCUGAAGUCAAGCAACAGAGUCUCUUUAACUUCUUGGAUGAUGAUGAGAAAGCUGAAAUGGAGGGUCGUGUAGGGACAUCGAUGCAGUAUGAUACAUUUGGAUUUACUGCUGCGGAACUUGCUCGUAAACAAGCUGAAAAGGAGCAAAAGCAGAGGCCCUCUGCUAUACCUGGACCAGUUCCGGACGAAGUGGUACUUCCAGUGACAGAGUCCAUUGGACUCAUGUUACUGCAGAAGAUGGGAUGGAGACGCGGUCGCUCAAUUAAGAGCUCACAUACUGAUUCACUAUAUAAUGCUAAGAGAGAGGCAAGAAAAGCUUUUCUUGCAUUUUCUUUUGCUGAUGCGGACGCACAACCUUUGAGCUCUGGGCUAGUUGAAGAUGCUACUGAUAAUAUUAUGGAUCUACCAACUGAUGAUGGGAGCCAGUUUUCUAAAAGCACCCCGGUUUAUAUGCUUAACCCAAAGCAAGAUUUGCAUGGUUUAGGCUAUGAUCCCUACAAAAAUGCUCCUGAGUUUAGAGAAAAAAAGAGGUCUCGGCUAUCUAAGGGUAAAGAAACUGGGCAUCAAGAUAGAGUCUUGAAGGACAGCCUAUUUGGUUUCAAAUCAGGAAGGGUUGCUCCUGGAUUUGGUGUCGGGGCUCUUGAAGACCUUGAUGUUGAAGAUGAAGAUGUGUAUGCAUCAGGUUAUGACUUUGAAGAGACUUAUGUUGAAGAAGUUGAAGAGCCUUCAAGACCAAAGGUGGAGAAUCUGAAAAUGUUGGACAGGAAGGCACAUGAUGUUUUACCUGGUUUUAGUGCUGCUUCAAAGUCCGACUAUCAGCUGGAAAGAUUUGAUCCUCCAGUGAUACCGCAGAAUUUUGUUUCCCAUCAUAAGUUUGCAGCUCCCCUCGAAUCUGAUAAUAAGGCUCCUAAUCUCCCUCCCCCUGUUGCCCCUCCCCCAGAGGAUAAUAAUCUUAAAAUAUUGAUUGAAGGGUUGGCUACAUUAGUAGCUCGUUCCGGUAAAUUACUUGAGGACCUUUCCAGAGAAAAAAAUCAGUUCAACCCUCUAUUUGGUUUCCUGAAUGGAGGAAAAGGUCAUGAAUAUUAUGCAAGGAAACUUUGGGAGGAGAGACAGAAACGUAAUGAUCAAGGCAAACAACAGUUGGAUGCAAAAAUGUCUCGGAAAGUGCAGAAGAUGACAGCAGAAAGCCGUGGCCAGAUAUUAGGAGAGAAGCCUAUUGAAAGAAGCUUGAGAGCUGCAAAUUCCUCUGGUAUAUCUGUUGAUGCAAUCAAUCUCUCGUCCAAUCUUUCAGAUACAUUCACCAAACCUGCGUCAAUGAAUGAACUUCUUGAAUCUGCAAAACCUUUUCAAGAUGAUCCUGCUAAGCAGGAAAGGUUCGAGCAGUUUCUGAAGGAUAAAUACCAUGGAGGUCUUCGCCCUAAAGACGGUAGUGGAGCCAGUAAUAUGUCAGAAGCUGCGCGUGCUCGUGAAAGAUUAGAAUUUGAGUCUGUAGCCCAUACAAUAAAUAAAGGAAAACAGGGAAAAGAAAGCGUUCCACCUAAUGAGUUGUUCUCAAGUACGUUAGCUACUGCAGGAUUGCAAUUUACUCCUGGAGCAGCAGAGCUAUCUAAAUUUGGCCAAGAUGAUGGUAUAGCGGCAACAAGUAUGUACCCAAAACGGGAGGAAUUUCAGUGGAGACCUUCAUCUAUUCUGUGCAAGCGCUUUGAUCUUAUUGACCCUUAUAUGGGCAAGCCACCCCCAGCUCCACGCGCGAGGGGCAAAUUGGACUCACUUAUAUAUUUGCCUGAUUCUGUUAAACCUCCAAAGCUUGAAGAUGACGUUUCUGGGAAUAGGAGCCAAUUCUCUCUCCAGGAAGGCCAUAUAGACGGAGGAAAAGAAAUGGCUGACCAGGAAAUUGAGGUUGAUGCAGAACCGGAAAAUGUUGAAAGGCCUGUUGAUUUGUACAAGGCUAUAUUCUCUGAUGAUUCGGAUGAUGAAGCGGAAACUACUAAUCAGAAUGCUGUGGAGGAUCCUCAAACGAAGGUUGAAGCUGUUAAUACAACUUUAAAUCGAUUAAUAGCUGGUGACUUUUUAGAAUCAUUGGGUAAAGAACUGGGUUUGGAGGUUCCCACUGAUAUGCCUAACCCAGAAAAUAAAACCAGUAACCCAGCUAAAAAGGACACUGUUCCGGUAGAUCUGAGAGCAAAAAACAUUAACCAAUCUGGUAAUGGUACAUCAUCUACUUUCGAUGCUGUUUGUGCGGAUUUGUCAGAUCCGGUAUUGGCAGUGGGAGAUAAUAAUCAGAACAUCCCUCGAGAGGGUAGAUCUCCUAUGGAAGGAACUACAGAUAUCAACACUCGGAAAAAUGGUGGCAGGGGAACGGGAACUGAAAGCUACAGGGAAGAUGUUCGAAAGAAUAGGUUUGAAACAGAAGCUCAAAUAAAUAUACAUGCAAAAGCAAAAGGAGAUCAGCACCGAAAUAAGAACAGCAGUUCAUCCGAGGAUGAAAUUGGUAGAAAGCGCAGGCGACGGAACAGAAGCAGCAGUCCAGUGGGGGAUGUAUCUUCUGAUUCAGCCGAGGAUUAUAAAGACCACCGUUCAAGGUCGAGGAGGAAAAGAUCAUCUCAUGAAAAGAGUAGUAGUAAGAGGCACUCAAAGCACCAUAAGCAUAGAAGGAGAGACUCUCGGAGUCCUAGUAGACAUUCCCGUCAUGGUUCAGAAAAAGAACACCGAGAAGCCAAGAGAGAGAAGCGUAAAUACAAGGACUGAAAUGGUUUGACUAUAUGACCUAUUUGAAAUGAUCCGAGUUACUUGAACUUAUGCUGAUUGUAUAUCUAAGAUGUCCCAGAUACAUGGUUUGUUACUGCUGGAAUAGUUCAUGCGCCUUGGUUUUACUAUUUUGUUCCCUUUUCAGUGCUAUGAGCUCUUUCUCUUUGGUCAGGCUAUUGGUGCAAGAAACCGGAUGCUGAAGAUUCACCAGCAACAUCCAUUGACUUGCAAGAUUUGAUAUUGGUUAGGUCUGUUUUCCGGCUUAUUCCCAGUGAUCAAGCUUUUGAUUGUACACAGUUGUAUAAUGGUAUGGUGGGUCUGAAUUCUCCUUCGUGCUUGUGUUACAAAAUGGUUACUUAAUGUUAAAAAUACCAGCUAUAAUUCUUUCUGAAGUCUUCGGGAUUCGUUAUGUAUGUUGUAUGUGAUUCCCUAUUUAAUCCAUGAGCAAGACGGUUUAUUUGUUC